GAGAACGUGACUGCAAUGGUCGCUUUUGCGAAAGCUGUGCCAAACUUGCCCUCUCUUUGAAAGCGGUCUUUCGCCUUGUACCUAUGCUUUUGCGGGAGGUUAAUUCCACUCAGCAGCCGCGAAUGCCACAGUUUGGAGAUUUGAGAGUCGACAGAAAACUUUAAAAAGAGUAUCGCCGCGGACAAAUACAGCUGCGCCGCUCAACUUCCAGCAGCAGCAGCAGCAGCAGCAGCAGCAGCGCGAGAGGACCGGGAGGAGGAGUCAACAGGUCCCAGAGCUUAGGAGCUGCAAUCGAUUCAAGGGGAGAUUUCCUUGGCCAAGGACAGGGAGAUUGACGUUUUUGGGCAGAAGCGUCUGAGCAAUCGAUGUGGGCAGUCCAGCAGCCGGAAGCCCAGUUGGCCGAACAGCACACCACUCAAUCAGUCUGAACAGCAACACACAGGGCUGCAGGCGACCAACAGAGGCGGAAACUGAGCCGGCCUGUCCUAGGAGAAGGUCUUUGUUUCGGCAUCAUGUGAUCGGUGUAUUUCCCCAGCAGCUCUCUGCAGAGGAAGAGUGAAUUCACGCUCCCCUUGGAAACAUCACAACCACUAGUGCCCCUAUCACCACUAUCACCACUAUCACCACUCCCGACUGCAGUCAUCAAAGUCACCUCUGCUUGACUCAACUUGCCUUCUGCCUUUUUCAUCUCUGAAGAUAAGGAAUGGCCGCGCUACUUUUCAGACUCCCCAACGCCUCUCACAAAUAAGGCCUUUCAGCCUGUUUCACAAUACCAGAGAAAGGAGGGAUAAAACACUGUUCAGGACCCUUUUAUACUUGUGCACUGUGUCUCUUUUUAUCUUUGUUUCCUUAGUAACUGAACCCUCAACACACACAUUCACUAAAUCAACAAGAUUUCAGUCCUGGUGACAUCUAAGGAAAGCAUUUUGCGGACAUCAGUGCUCAAGUUUCCGAGCCAUACGGAGACUUUUACAAACUCAGCUGGACAGUACUUUGGAAUAUCUGCUCAGCCGGCGUCUCUAUGGGGGAUUAAAUCAGUCCAGUAAAGACACACUGACUCUGUUCCGACUCUGUGUGUGAUACUUCCCGGAAAGGUGGUUUUUUCAGUGAGGUCUUUCGGUGACUGGAGGGGGACUUGAGCCAUCAUGGCUGGGAAGGGCAACCCAGUGCCGGGCCCCCACCACAAUGGCUUCCCCAUGCCCACCUACUCCUACUUCUUCCCCCACAUGCUGGGAAGCCUGUCGCCUCCUUUACUGCCAGGACUGCCUAUCAGUGGGUACAGCACCCCCUCCCCAGCAACGAUAGAAACCCAGAGUACCAGCUCAGAGGAGAUAGUGCCAAGCCCGCCCUCGCCUCCCCCGCCGCCCCGUGUCUACAAGCCCUGCUUUGUGUGCCAGGACAAGUCCUCAGGGUACCACUAUGGUGUCAGCGCCUGUGAGGGCUGCAAGGGCUUCUUUCGGAGAAGCAUCCAGAAGAACAUGGUGUACACUUGUCACCGGGAGAAGAACUGCAUCAUCAACAAAGUCACCCGCAAUCGCUGCCAGUACUGUCGACUGCAGAAGUGCCUGGAAGUCGGAAUGUCCAAGGAGUCGGUGAGAAAUGAUCGGAACAAGAAGAAGAAGGAUGAGAAGAAGCAGGAGUGCACGGAGAGCUACGUACUGAGUCCUGACACGGAGCAGAUGAUCGACAGGGUUCGGAAGGCUCACCAGGACACGUUCCCGUCUCUGUGCCAGCUCGGCAAAUACACUACGUCUAACAGCUCAGAGCGACGUGUUUCCUUGGACGUCGACCUGUGGGACAAGUUCAGCGAACUCUCCACCAAGUGCAUCAUAAAGACGGUGGAGUUUGCGAAGCAGCUGCCCGGCUUCACCACGCUGAGCAUCGCCGACCAGAUCACCCUGCUCAAAGCCGCCUGUCUCGACAUCCUGAUACUGCGGAUUUGUACACGCUACACACCUGAGCAAGACACCAUGACCUUCUCAGACGGACUCACGUUAAACAGAACCCAGAUGCACAACGCCGGCUUUGGCCCCCUCACCGACCUAGUCUUUGCUUUUGCCAACCAGCUCCUUCCUCUGGAGAUGGAUGACGCAGAGACGGGACUGCUUAGCGCCAUCUGUUUGCUGUGUGGAGAUCGUCAGGACUUAGAAGAGGCGGAGAAGGUGGACGUCCUGCAAGAGCCCCUUCUGGAGGCGCUGAAGAUUUAUGUGAGGAAGAGGAGGCCCCACAAACCACACAUGUUUCCCAAGAUGCUGAUGAAGAUCACUGAUCUGAGGAGCAUCAGUGCUAAAGGAGCCGAGCGCGUCAUCACCCUGAAGAUGGAGAUCCCCGGCUCCAUGCCCCCCCUUAUCCAGGAGAUGUUGGAGAACUCAGAAGGUCUGGAGAGUGGAGCAGCGGGGGGCCGGGCCUCGGGCGCCCCCCCAGGCAGCUGCAGCCCCAGUCUGUCCCCCAGCUCUGCCCAAAGCAGUCCAGCCACACAAUCACCGUAGUAACGGCGCUCCUCUGCUCUGUCUUUUCCUCUCGUUGCUCUCUGUCCCCUUCCUCGAUGGUCUACAGAGGGGGGGGUGAAGGAGGGGGGGAGCUUUGACCCUGACUGCUGAAUAAGAGGAGACUCACACAAACCCCACCUCCUGAUCUGCUCUCCCUCACUCUGGAACACUGUCCUGAGGUGAGGGUCCAGGGCAGGGCGGGGCCUCAGGACUUCUCUGAGAGACUACCCCAUCAACACUGCUGACUCCUCCUCCCCCUCUCCUCCUCCCCCCUUGACUCUCCUCUCCACUGCUUCUCCACCGCUCUCCAACAGACUGAUGCAAAUGAAUCUGGAUGUAGCCGGGUCACUAGAGCAGUGGAGACCAGCUUUGACUGGAGUGAGACUGUGUGUGUUGGGGGGGGACACCGAGGGACAGAUAUGUGGACGGGGACGAUGCAAACAGACUUGACAAACACCAGACACUUUUUUUGUUGUACUCCGAGGCAGACUGCAAGCUUGGGACUUGUCAGAAGACCUCUCCCCUCCUCAAAGACUCGGGUCUUCUUCUUUUUCCAACUUCAAAGAACAGAUUUCGUACAAAAGAUAUAUAAAUAUAUAUAGAAAAGUUAAGGAACUGUUGUGAUUGACGUGUCCAGAAGAGAAUGGCAGGUUGAAAUGAGGACAUGUUUUCUGAGAUUAGAAAUUGUCGUACUCCUUCACUGUUUGAAUCUUUUCAUACCCAUCGAGAGUAUUGAGAGAGACGUUUCAGUUUUAUCACAUUUGUACAUUAUUCUAAUUAACAAAAAGCAAAAGACGUUGAGAUUUCUCUCCAGUGCAUACACGCGUUACAUACACACACAAAUGUGCACAGAAAACAAGUCGCAAUGAAUAUCACCUUCUAUUCCAGGUUGGAUUUGUUUUCCCUUUUUUUUUUUUUUGAAAAAUGAUUGUAUGAACAUGGUUGUAUGAUAUGGUCACAGGUCCUUUCAAGAAAUCAAAUUAAUGAAGAUUCAUUAUUAAGGUGUAUUUUAAGUAGCCUUUGAGUUUGUGUAUAUAAGCUGUAUUCAUUUCUUUAAAACUAUGAAGAGUUUUAGGCUUCACCUGAUUUUUUUUUUUUUUUUUUUUUUAAAGAUUACCUUUUAUGUGAUUUGUUUAUAGGUUUGUGAUUCAAGAAAAAGACAUUUUGAGCACAUUUACUGAAGGAAGUUCUUUCAUGUUUUGUGUCCUACUAAAUACUGAACAGGCCUUUAACCAAUCACUGGCUGUUCAGAAUGUGGCUUUCACAGACUAUUUCAACCUCCUCCUCUUCCUCCCCUACACUUUUUAAGACAUGUUUUUGAAUACAGUAGAUAACAAAGUAGCACUCCAGUCGGGGCAUAGCUUUUUUUGGCCAUGUAGCAGAACAAGAUGGUGUUUCUGGGGAAAGCAUUAAAAAAAGAAAAAAAAAAAGGUGAGCCGGAUGCUGUUCGUAGCCCGCUACAGCUACGGCGGCUCGGCUUUAAAGAGCGUUUUAAAAUGUGAAGAAUGGUGUACAUACACACUGUAAUAAACACAAGUGAUUUUUGUCAAUAGUCUCUAAAUGGAUAAUGGAUCAUAUAACGUGGAAGGGAAAAGACUAGAGUGUAGUGAUCCCUCUACUCUGUCAGUGGUCAGGCAAGUGAAGGUCCCAAAUGUGUGAUGUCUGUCAUCCAAGUCCUCACGACCCCCCUUCGUCCCCUCCUGUCCCCACCCUGGCAACCUGUGGUAAAAACCAAUAUGUGACUUUUUUGCCGGAUCCGGAGCAACCUCACACCCUGUGACUCACUUUUACGCCAAAACGCCUUCACCGUUAACACGCAUCUCUCGUCUAGACCGUCAUUACUGUACACACGCCAAUGUCUCAGGAAGGAAUCAUUGUGUGUGCCUGGCCUGUUUCUUUGUAUUUGUUCUGUGCUGCACCCCUCGAACCCCCUCCUCUUCACAGAUGCACAUGUUCCACACACGUACACACACUUCUGCUACUGAGCCCCUGUAUGUUUCUUUAAUCACUCGACUUCAGUUCUAGACCAGGACUCGUGCAGAGAGAGACGCCGACCCUGACGAAAUCCUGCAACUGUAACGAUGUAGGAUGCCAGAGUGGGAGUCUCUCCUGAGUCGCAUUCGUUCAUGUUUUUUUUUUUGUUUGUUUUUUUUGUACGGUCAAAAGCUGCUUUCAUCAUUUAGGACUUUAUCUGUCCAGAAAGGCGCACAACUUUUCCCUCCACAGCUGAUCUGGAAUAGCAACAGACACAACGUCAGUUUGAGAAGUAUGAAAUAUGUUGCAAUUUUGUCAAGAUUAUCAAGCGACUUUGGAAAAAAAAAGACAAAACAACAAAAAAAUAAAAAUAAAACCAACAUUUAAUAAUUA